AUGGCUCACAACGCGCCAGGCGGGUCAGACCAGCCCAUGUCCCCGCCAUCGAGAAGGUCAUCAACGGUCUCCCCGACCUCGGCGCCCUCCAGACGUGAGUCGGUGGCGUCGGUCUCUCAGCAGUCAGUUGCAAGUUCCCGCCCAUCUUCAUCAGCGUCUAGGCGUCCCUUGCCGCCUCUUCCCACAGGAGGCUUGCGCCGUACGAGCCACUCGGACACUGCUGGAAAUGCGACCUCUUCUCCGCUCCCACCGUAUGACGCUGCGGCAGCAUCGACCUCGACAUUGUCCUCGGUCGACAGCGCCCCGAGCACGGUCGUCUCUGGAAACCAGUCACCUGCGCCCACGCUAAUCUCUGGCGGCGCAGUCAGUCGUCCUUCGACUUCUGCUUCGGGACCGACUUCCGGCGACGCUCUUCCCCCCUACGAGUACCGGUCACCGGAGGCGGUCGUGGAGCACUAUGUUGAACCGAACGACUCGAACCUUCCACCUGGCGUUCUGGCCGAGCAUUUGGGAGACGACGAUAUUCCGCAGUCUGAAUGGGACACUAACUGGUCAUACGGUGCUGUGCCGCCGAUCAGCAGGAGUGACUCGAAGAUGGAUAUCGAUCCAAGCAUGGCCACCAUGCCUUCCGUGCCGGACGUGCCCCGACGUCCACAGAUCAGCCCAGGUGUCCUACCAAAACUCUGGUUGGAUCAGAUCCAUCCCCACAAGCUCUGGCGGCCGCUGAUCGACGACCUGCCCCGGCCUAAGGAACCGAAGUCGCCUAGUAGCCCAGCCACUCCGCUCAAGUCCGUUGAACCGAUGACAGCUGCCGAGGACUCCGAGCCCGAGAUGCCUCCCCCCUUCACUUUGGACGACGUGUGGGAGUCUCUACCGGGAGGGAAGGAGGAUCAUCAGAACUGGUACUUCUGCCCCCAGUGUUGGGGUUGGAUCCAUGUGCUCGUCGGUAAGGGUGACUUACCCACCGUUCCCUCUUUGGAGGAGUGGGAUAAGACUGCCAGUUUCCGGACACCAGAGGAGAAGGACGCUGCGCGCACGCACAGGCAGGAGACGAUGAAGAGGUUUGAGAGCUUGGAGGAGUCCCGAUCCACGGCAGAGAAGACUGCUCACCAUCUUCAUGCCUUUGAGGGCCUCAUCCCAGCCACGAAGGAGCACCGACUGGAGCGGGUGAAGGUCCCCUCACAUCUAGACGCCUUCUCUGCCCACGACCGAAGCUACGGAGAGUCUCCUCCCGACUUGACUCGCUGCGCAUCGGAUGUCUGGAUAUUUGUGGACAAGGGCCCAGUUUCCGGCCAAAUACCGAUCGGACUCGUGAAGGGUUUCAUUGCAGAGAAGAAGGACAACCCGAACGUCGGGGCCACCGGUGAUGACAGUGUGGUCACGGCGUGGAAUCUGCUGCUCACCAAGACGUUCAGCAAGCAAAUUGGCGCGUCACUGAUAUCAUCCCACCUUCUCUAUCGACUAGGCUUCAUUUGCAAGCAGAACGACGAUGGGUAUCUCGUUGGGCCUCUCAACCCCAGCGACGCAUCUGCGGAAGACGUUCGCCACAUGAAUCGGUAUCUCGCACGAGCUUGGGUUGAGAUCUCUCUCGGACUCAUGGACUAUCGUACACGAGCUGGUGAGCGGACGGGAAGGUUCAACGCUGACUCUGCAGCGGCUGCAGGCUGGUCCCCUAUGGAAUCGAAGCUCUUCGUGCGAGGUCAAACUCUGGGCGAAAUUCUAGAGGGGUUCUUGCACGUCAUUCAAAUUCCUGAGCAGGCAUACGACUUGCAAGUCUCAGAUGAUCUCGCCAACUGUCCCAUAUAUUUGGGCGCCCUGACGCGGCUGUCUCAUGUUCUGGUCCCCGGUCACGAAACACUGCAGAUCAAGGUCGCUACGGAGAAAUCACUUGAUCGUUAUACAAUAACGUAUGAGAAGAUCGGCCUCGGACGAAAUGAGGUCGAGGCGAUCGCGGUGCCUCGAGAAGACAUUCCGAUUGACUACAUCUUGUCACAGCAUCGUGAAGCAAUGAACAAGGUGUUCGAUUCCACAUCUCGCGCUGAGCUGAGCCGUGCGCUUCUUCUGAUCGGACAAGAGCGAAACAACGAGCAGCUUAUGGAGCUGGGGCGUUCUGGAGAAGCCUUCCUCUCCCUGGACGAUGCGUACAAGGAGUUUGGACUCAGCCGGGAUAGCAACAUCGACGAUGAGCUCCUCAUUUUGCAAUACGAGACCUGGAUCCAAGAUCGACCGUCUCGCAGUGACCAUUACCGUCGAGCCAUCUCGGUGAUCGCCACCGCCCCUGGCGAAGAGCGGCCAGCGCUUCGCGCAUAUCUCGAGGGAAAAGACACGUCGGACGCAUCCGGCGAGUCUGAGAACGCGGCCGAGAGGAAAGUCAAACUGCAGACGUCAAAGCACUUCGUCAUUCUUCUGCGAGAGCUCUUCAACGAGAUGUACAAGACCACCAACGCAGCUGUCACUCCCCGAGAGGAACUGGCACGGCUUGCAAUUCUGCCCAUCGAUCUAGUGUCAGAGAGGAAGGACUCAAUCCUGCCCCCUGUGAAGAAUCGGGUCACAAUCGACUCGCUUCCCACAGUGUUGUCGCCGAUCUCGUCACCCGGCUCGUCUGGAGCAGCGACCGCAAACGACACCGUUCCGAACACUCCCGUCUUAGCAGAGUCUCCGCCCUCCACGACGACGCCGCUUUGGUCUGAGCGCCGAGGAUCCGUGUUGGGCAAGCGCGCCAGCGAAGACCGAGACUCAGUGUUUGGCAGCUCUGAAGAGCGCCCGCGCCGCCCAACGGGCAUGUCUGACAACUUGAUCGAUCUUGAAGACUCGGGCCCUUCGACUCCGACGCGCUCCCAGAGCGGCCCAGUCAACGGUCGCGAUCGCGAGGACAGCGAGCUCACAGCUCCUGCGGCGGAUCUAUCUCAGCUUGAUCUCGCGUCACCGUUAUCGAGACCCCAAGGCGUUUCUGACGAGGCACCAGCUUCUCCUGUCAAGGAAGCCCGUGCCACCGAAGAGCUGGCGCCCCCAACAGCUCCCCCUCCUCCUCUCCCUCCGCGGAGGAAGUCCAUGGCUCUCGUUGCGGCUGAGAAGUUUGGUCUGCAGCAGGACGCCGCCGAGAUUCUGAUCAACGUUCUGGCGCAGCUGGAAUAUGCGUUCGAUAAGCCCACUGACGGUGAUUCCAAGGGCGCAAAUCUGAUCAAAGAAUUGUUCUCAUCCAAGUUCCAACAGCAAAUGCUUUUGCACAAUGCCGACGGUACUCCCGAUAAGGCUCACCCUCCCGUUGAGUCUGUGUUCGUGCACCCUAUCAUUGGUGUUGAAGAGGACGGCAAGGAUCUGUACGACUGUCUCAGCGAGUUGUAUCUUGGAGGGGCCGAGAUCGAGUACGAUGGCAAGAAGGGCUUCAAGAUGGACCUCGUCGAGAAGCUUCCGCCAGUGCUCUACAUCCAGAUGCGUCGGUCGCAGUACGAUCCCGUCAAGGGACGGCAAGUCAAGAUCAACACCCACGUGCCGUUUGAGCGAUGCUUGGCCAUGGAUCGGUUCUUAGCCAAUGCCGACCCAGCAAAGCGUGAGCGUUCGAUCGCGCUGACUCGCGAGAUCAUGAGGAUGAGGACUCGUCGCCACGAGCUGAAGAACCACAAGCCUAUGUCGAUCCCUGACACCUUCCGCUUCAUUCGUGAUGCUCUGGCCACCGAGCAGACGGCGAAAGCCCUCUCUGAGCAGUCGGACGAUGGCGACGUCGACUUGACUUCGGAGGAUAUCACUCAGGAUCUUCUCGAUGCGCUCGCGAAGGAGGGCGAGGAUGCCGACGCCGAAAUUGCCGCGCUGGAGGCUGCGAUGCCUCGCGCGAAGGAGGAACUGGAGGCAAUUUGGGCCGAAUGUAAUUCGGUCGAGUACGAGCUGGUUUCCGUGUUCGUGCACGGAGGAACCGGAACUGGCGGCCACUACUGGACGUAUCAGGCGGAUCUUCCCAAGGACGGCAACAAGUUCUUCUACUACUCGGACGACACCGUGAAGGAGGUGCCGUCUGGCGAUGUCUUCUGCGACAAAUCAGCGCAGGGAGUGAGCCCCGCACUGCUGUGUUAUGUCCGGAAGGACAAGGAUUUGGUCGAUACCCUGCAUCGAGAACCGACCCCAGAGGGAGAGGAGACCGCUCCCUCGUCGAGCUGA